CCAGGCCAAAAUGGCGGCGGCAGCGGUGGCGGAGCGGGGCGUCGGUCCCGGAGCUUCUGCUCCUUGUACCGCGCCAGGCUUCUCUCUCACGGCGGGCACUGCUGCGGCGGACUACUCGGUACUGGUGGUGGUGGGGGCCCUGCAGACACACGGGGUGCUGGAGCUGAUCCUGCGGCAGAUUGACUCAGGGGUGCGUCGCUGGAUGGUGGACCUGGAUAUCUCUGUGUUGGACCAGCAGCUGAAGCGCUUCGUGUCGCGGCAUUCAGCCUUCCUCUCUGAAGAGGUCAAAGGCCAGAGGACUCUGCAGCACAGUGGAGACGUUCUGGACACGCAGGUCGUGGUCAACCCAGCCUCCUACUUCGUCUGCUCUGAGGUGCGGCGACUGAUCUGUGAGCCCUCCCAAAACAAACUCCUCAUUUUGGCUGGACAGUGCGUGGAGGACACUGGAGACAUCGUGCUACAGAAAGGCUGCUUUUCUCUCAACGACUUCACAAUAUUUACUGACGAAGAGAUUAAAGAGGUGCUACGUUCUUCCAACUCCUCUGUGAAGACCAGACUCACUUUGAGCUGUCCCAACUAUGGUCUCUGGAAGGACCCACAGUUGCAGAGGCACAAUCUUCAGGACUUGCUUGAUAUCCAAAUAAAUCCCAGUCCCGUUUUUCCCCAAAUGGAGGGACUUCAGGAAUUUACCGAGUAUCUUUCUGAAUGUUUGGAGCUGGAGUCACCCUUGGACCUUCUGGAGCCUCCCAGCACAGUGGGCUUCCUGAAGCUGUCCCGCCCGUGCUGCUACAUCUUCCCUGGUGGAAGAGGGGAUGCUGCCUUUUUUGCGGUCAAUGGGUUUAAUGUCCUGGUCAACGGUGGUUCAGAUCCCCGCUCUUCAUUUUGGAAGCUUGUCCGACAUUUGGACAGAAUUGAUUCGGUUUUAUUGACCCAUAUUGGUGUUGAUAAUCUUCCAGGAUUCAACAGUUUGCUGCUGAGAAAAAUAGCAGAACAAGAUGAGGAAGCAAGUGCAUCUCAUCCUGAAGAGGAAUGGAUGAAAUAUCUCAUAUCACCUGAAAUUGGAGUUGUUUUUCUUAACAUUCCUGAUAAGCUCAUAUCAAGUCAAGGCGAUCUGAGCGAACUGCGCAGUUGCGACCAAGUUGAGGCAACUUUACAGAAUUUGGAACGACUCUCAAUCAAGCCUGAACCUCUAACACGCUUAAAUGGACCUUCAGUUGAGCCGGUUAUCAUGUUUCAAAAAAUGGGUGUGGGUCGCUUAGAGUUAUACAUACUCAAUCCGAUCAGUGGUAGCAAAGAACUUGAGAGUUUCAAGAAAAGUUGGCCCGAAAACAUUUCAGAAACAAAGACUCUUCCACUGACAUGCCUUGUUUCUAUCUGUGCCUUGUUGAUUUGGCAUCCAUCAAAUCCCCAAGAGAAGAUCAUCCGGGUCCUCUUUCCAGGCUGCGCGCCUCAAGCCAAAAUCCUGGAUGGCCUCGAAAAGCUCAAACAUCUCGAGUGCCUUAAACACCCUGCAGUGUGCCAGAGGGAUUUGGAAACACCCAAAUCCGACAAGCUUCCGAAGCGAGCUGAGAGCCGCGAAAGCCUUAAGAGCAACACCUUAAAGGAGAAAGCCUCACGGGUGGAUGUAAAGAAACUGGAGGUCAAACCAAAGCUGAAAUCAACUACAGAUACAACAGUGAAGGAUAAAAAGGAUGUGGAAGAGAAGCCAAAAGCCAAAGUCACUGAUACAAAAGCAAAGCCACCAAAACCACAGGUAGAGAAGAUUGCUCCAAAGAAGGAAGAUGUGAAAAAGGACGCCAAGAAAAAGGACGACAAGGCAAGUGCGGGUAUUGUGAAGAAGGAUGAAGGUGUAGAUGGCAAAAAGGAAGUUCUCAAGAAGGAGCCGUCAAGUCAAGGUAGUGCCAAAGCAAAGAAAGAUGUUAAACAUGAGCCAAAGAAAGAUCUAAAAAAGGACAUAAAAGCAGACGAUAAGAAAGCACCAAAAGCUCCUGUUAAAGAUCUAAAGAAGACAUCUGGUGUGGCUUUGAGUACAUCUUCAGUAUUGAGCUCGGAUGUAAAAAGGGGUGCUGUGAAAACUGCGUCGCUGAAAAAAGAACCUCUAAAGAAAGAUGCUUCAACAAAAGGGACUAAAGGUAAAGGUGGAAGCAAAGAUGUAGUGGACAACAAGGAAGCUGAUCGGUCGAAGGUGUCCACACCAGAGGACAUGACGGCAGAGUUUGAGAAGCUGCAGUUGGAGGAAAGAAAAGCAGAAGGCAAACACAUUGCUGGGGAUGCUGGUGCCAAGUCUUCAUCAGAAAGCCAUGAAGAUAUAGCAGCUCUGAAAGUAGCUAAGGGGGAUUUGAGCGUCAACUUUAAUCUCAAUCCGACAUACCCUGAGAAACGUCUGGAUGGGGCUUGUGUGAGCUCAGAGGACAAAACGAUUAUGUCCUCUGUAGAUUCAGCCCCCAACAGUGCAGGACACACGCCCUUCCACCAAUCACCAGAUGAAGACAUACGAGGACUGGGCGAGGACAGUGGUCUUGAUGCUAGAGGUUCCAGUUUAGGGUUUGAGGACUAUAACCAAGGUGGAUCAUGUCGGACAUCAGAGCUGAGCUCAUUAAGAGAAGGUUUGGAGAAUUCAACAUCAUCCCAAGACAAACAGUCCAGUCUCCUAAGUCCACUCAAGGAUAUAAUGCCAGAUUCUUCCCCCACAAUGACCUCCAUGCCCGCAGAAGUGGGCUCACCACACUCUACUGAAGUUGACGACUCCUUGUCUGUCUCAUUUGAGCAAGGUAUGCCAAACGCCGUUACCAACGGGCAUUCACAUGACAACCUUCCAUCUCAAAAUGGCUGCUCUGGCAAUAGCGACCAUAUCCACGGCAUGUCCAAUCUCUCAGCCAACAUUCCACAUGAUGUUGAUCUUUGUUUAGUGACACCUUGCGAAUUCCAACAUCCCAAAACACCUGGAAAUCACUCACAACAUACAAUAUGCAGCUUAGCGACCUGUGCGGAGACCAAUGAGAAUAACAAUCUUCAAGAGCUGAGCAUAAGCGAAUCAGGGAAUAGUCAAGAGACUCCACCCACUUCUGUCAGCGAAUCACUUCCAACUGCGACAGACUCUGAUGUACCGCCGGCAACAGAGGACUGUCCCUCCAUCACCGCAGAUUUAGACUCUGAGGAUGAAUCCAGUAAUGUAUACCUCCACUAUUCUCAUGAUCCACCCCCUGCCCCAGUCAAAGAUCUUCCCCCACUACCCCCUCAGCCUGGAGCGUGCAUGACUGACCCUGAAAAUGACCCCUCAAGUAAGAACAAAAAUACUAAGAGCAAAAGACCAGCAAGUGCUGGUCAGAAAGCCUCAUUCAGCAGCACCACUGCCCACAAUGGGAAGCCCAAAGCUGGAAGUGCCACUGGCUCUUUAAGAACGGUGCCCAGCCUGGAUGUGAAAACUGCAACCAGGAACUCUCUGGGAGGUUCCAAAAGCGGACCUACUAAGCUCUCAUUAGCACACAGGCCGGUGUACGAGGGCCCUGCGGUGUACGUGGACCUGGCUUACCUGCCCUCUGGACCCUCCGCAGCUUCUCUGGACGCAGAUCUGUUCAGGAGGCUGCGCUCUCUGUACUACGUCUUCAGUGGUCAGGACUCGGUGAAGGAGGAGGUCAUGAGGCCCAUCCUGGAUGCUCUGCUGGAGGGGAAGAGCGGCUGGCCCCAGCUUCCGGUGACUCUGAUCCCGACGUUUGAUUCACUGGCGAUGCACGAGUGGUACCAGGAGAGCCAUGAGCGGCAGAAGGAGCUCAACAUCACUGUACUGGGCAGUAACAGCACUGUGGCCAUGCAGGAGGAGAGCUUCCCCGCCUGCAAGGUCGAGUUCUGAACAGGAGUCUGCAGCGGGAGCUCUUAGCCUGCAAGAGGGAGCCCUAAGCCUGUGGGAGGAGGAACCAGGUGGAGCUCUAACCCCACACAUACUCCAGACCAGAACGUAGUCUCCUAAAGAAGUCCCAGGUCUCUCACUGCUGCACACGUGUCACUUUGGGUCCACUUUAUUUAGUUCUGUUCAGUUUUGUUUGAAGAACCCAUUCUGCUGAAUCAGGACUUUGACCAACACUAGGGGGCGGUGUUAAACCUUAAAUUAGGCACCGUAACAUUUUACAUUUCAGAUUGAAUCCACAGAAAUUGGUUGAGUCUUACGUUUACCUGAAACCAGGUCUAUGAAGAGAUUUUCUUUCUUUACAAAUAAAGGUCUGUCAUGUGCCACACAUGCAGCUGUGAAAGGCCAAAACAGCUCUCCAAGAGUCUGAUGCUAGACUUGGCUUUUGAAAGGAAAGUGUAGGCCUUAUCAUGAUGAAAUAUCAAAAUGACAUUUGAGAUUUUUCAAUAAAUGAUUGAUGCACUCUAAAUCUCAAAAAGGCAAAACACGUCUUUGGUUGCUAUGAUGACUAUUCAGUCUACAGUGUUGUUCCACAUACUACCCACUUUACUCCAACAAGCAUGAUGCUGACUCACAGUUACAUGGUUAGUACAGGUUUAGCUAAAGGUGCACUAUGGAAGUUUUCUCGUGGAAGGUCCAUCAAGUGCUUGUUUUCUUGGAGAUGUCUUUUCUUUGGCUGGAAUCUUCUACAGCACGGCAUUUUCAUUUCAUAAGAAACAAGCAUGUGAUGCUACAAAGCCAAAUUACAGGUCUGAUCUGUGGACAGGUGACCAUAAGAAUUCAUGUUCUUAUGUAAGAUAGAAACAUUUUAUGGCAUCUCCAUGGAGACAGAUAGUUUGCAGACUGUCUACCUGAGAAGUUGCAUAGUGCACCUUUAAAGGUUGUAUGGAGGAUUUUUUUUUUGUUUUUUUUGUUUCAAGUUGUCAAUGAUAGCAUUAUAGAGGUGCAGUAGCCUUGUAAUUAUGAUGACCAAAAAAAAGAGAAUAAAAAUUCAUCAACUCUGGAUGUGGUGGGGCCAGCUAAACAUUUGCCAAUAGAUAACGACAUUGCCUCGUUAUCUGUUAGCUGACAGGCUAUCAAUCAAACUCCCUACGUUUCUAGCGUAACUGACCUGCCUGCGCUGCCGGUACGUGGUUUACGUACGCCUGUCACGCAGUCCACAGACGCAAGACGCACAGACGCUGUUUACUCCACCAACGCACAGUUCUUAGCGGCUUUUUUUGACCUAUAUCUUCCUCGCAGUUAGCACAAAGUUUGUUGCAAUGGCAGACAAGAAUCCAGGAGCAGUUAGCCGCAAAAGAAAGUCCGUUUUUGAGGUCGCUGAAAGAAGAAGACAAGGGGAAAAGCAGCGAAGCCAAACUAAGGUGAUUCUUGUAGAUUCAUUCCAGCGAUGGCGCGACUGAAGCAGACGCAGGGUCUAAAGACUGACGCAUUGGUCGCCAAAUUACUCCUGGACAGGUAACUUCUGCUUAUUAUGAAAACGUACUUUAUUUCCAAGAGCUAGUCAAACGUUUUUCAGGACACGAAAGCGAUAUCCUAUGUCUGAAAACGUAAUUUUCAAGGCAAAGAAAGAGUCCGCUUGCUGCUGCGUGUUGUAGCUAGUUCAUUCGCACUGAAUCUCCGCGCAACCUUCUCUGCUCCCCUUUCCUACUCCUGUCCCCGCUGCCCGUUCCGCUCUUCCCCCUUCUCCUCACUUCUACGGGCACGGAAUCUCCGCGCACCGCUCCCCUCUCCUCUCUCCUCUCUCCUCUCUCCCUGCUCCCCUGCUCCGCUCUUCUCCCUGCUCCUCACUUCUCGUCCGCGAACGAAAUGUCCGCACACCCGCUCCCCCCGCUCCUCACUUCUCCGCCUUGCCUAACCAACACUGUAGUUAGUUGUUUACAAGUCAUGUGCAGCUCACCGGCUGUAAACAAACCUGUUUCUGGCGUAAAGAGGAGGCGGGAGAAGGCGUUUCUACGUAGGGAGCUGUAGGGGAGGGGGGGUGGUUUCACGCAUGCGCAACAUUUGAAAAAGGACAAACAGUCGCUGGAUUUCUCGUUCCUUGGAAAAUCCUCUAUACAACCUUUAAGCUUCAUAGUUUAUUUCAGGUUUUUGACACAGAUCAGAAAAAAAGCAUAUCAAAGUUUGUACAGUGUAUAAGUACAAUGUAUAUUCAGUUAUUUAGUAAAGUGUUAUGCUUUAUUUGAAAUCUUUAGUUAAUUUUAUGACAAACACGAGUGUGUACAGUAUUAUGUCGAGACCUUCUGAAAAUAGAAGUGUAGAAAACUAGUAUUCCAUAGUUAUUAUGCAUGUUCAUAUUUCUUUAAAGGCACUGUACCUGAUUUUUUUUGGUCUUAAAAACAUGUAAAACAACUCGUUCAUUUUAACGGUUUGCAGUGGUCCAAAGUUAUUCCUCACUUUUUUCAAGUAUAUCCAAAUUAUUUACGCUCAUGAGUUUACAAGCACUUUUCACAACUUUUAGAGACCAGUGCAGAGUUUUAACCAUUAAAGCCAACAGCAACUAGCAUGCUAAUGUGCACUUUCUGAUCAUUAAACAAUAAAACACUUUCUGAUUAGAUGUAAACAGUCCACAGCAGAUUUAUUCUGACCUCAAGAGCUGCUCAUCCAAUAGAUGUGUACUGAGGCACGUUUAGCUCAAAUUGAUGGCAAGAAAUCAGGUACAGGACUUUUAAGUCCACGUAUGACUUAUAGAUCAUGUAUGGAAUUAUAUUUUUAUCACAUUAUCAGUGUGUACUUCAUAUCUAUAGUACUUAGUGGGCUCCUUCCAAGUGCAUUAAAUGAUCUUUUAUUAGUUUUUUGUUUUUGGAAAGUCCUUAUCCAGCAGAAAGAUGAAUGUUCUUUUUUUAUUAUUAUUUUUUUAAGUUUUGAUAAUUCUGUCAGCUUGAAACAAAAUUCAUGAAGUCUGAUGCCUAAACUGAAAUUGAAAGUGUAUCUUGCUCCAGGCUUUCACACAUGCAUGUAAACCUGCACUAAUGUGUGUGUGCCAUCUCUUUAACUCGACUCCAUCCUGUUGAUUCUUAUCUCGACACAUUUUCUUGCAUGUUUUUCUUGUCUUUAAAAAAUCUACAAAUACUUUGACCUUAUUAGCCUUAUUUAUUUAUUUAUUUGGUUUGUUUCAGUGAUUAGUCCUGUAAAAUCCACAAUGCUGGUACGAACGUCCUAAAGCCAUCACAAGAAUCCCAUGUGAGGUUCAGAAUAGAAGUCCUUUUCUUUAAAUUGGCUGUGACUGUUGUUACGAUGCUGUUGGCAUGCAUAUUGGUUUUCUGCAGUGACAUGGACCAUGCCUUUGUGUUCAAACCUGUGCUGGGGACACUACUGCGCCUAGAGGUAUAGUCAGGGGUGCCUCAGGAAAAAAAAAUAAAAAUUUUUGAAGUGUCCAGAGCAACUUGUGAACCAGAUUCGAAAUCAAAACCAUCAUCAAUACCAAAUAGAAAGAUUCAGGUACCAGGUCAAACACCUGAACUCCACACGCCCACAACCACACGGCAAAUUCACCUUAUUCCAGAAGUUGUUGUGAGCACCGCCAUGAAAGGGUUCAGAGGAGCUCAUUGGUCACCUACGAUUUACAAAUCAAAUCACAUUCCUCUCCCCUCAGAUCAGUUUAGUUUAGCUCAUUGAUUCUGCAGAAAUCUGCCAUAUUUCUCAACCUCCUGAGAUGCAUUUUCUUAUUUUUUGCCCUCAAUACGUCAAUUGUGUAAUGUGACUGUGUGUAUUUUGGAUCCCAGGCAAAAUUACCAAGAAAACAACAGAACAGUGGACAACACGAUUUAAACACUGUAUAUGUUAAGUAGCAAAAAAGUAGAUUCAGUGUUUAGUUUCACUUUAGCCCAAAAAGAAAAGCACUGGAUUAGACCACUAUACCAGGCUGUUAACGGGGAGCUGUCUAAAGUAAUUCAUCCAAUCAGUGCAGAUAUUUGAGAAAUGCCUCCACUGAAAUCUGUGUAAACACAAUGCAGUUUUCUAAUUCCAUUAUUUGAGGGAGUCAAAAAAUCCUCAAUCUAAACCAAAGAAUGCUGUGUACAUACUCAAGUAGUUUUUGUUAUUUGAAUAAAAUAUAUUCUGUACAAAUCCCCCAUGAACACCUGUAGUGUUACUUGUCCUGUUCACCUAAGUAGUGUGUCCAUCUCACUGCAGAGAGUUUCUUUGUUGACGCAGUAGAUGUAGGAAAACCUUAAAGCCAUAGCUGUUUUAGAGCAGUUUGUUUUGUAAUGUCACUGCUUUGUCCAACAAUAACUUUAAUAAACAUACCCCCCCCCCAAAGAAAA